CGCCACACGUCAUCAUUUCUACAUGGCCGAGCCCUCCAGCCCCUGGUACCUUAAUGAAUGAAGAGGUUGUUUUCGUAGAAAGCUUCUCAACCCGGAUUUAGUGCUGUGAUCAAAAGACGCACUGGGUUAGGCGCAGCCGAGCGUCGCCGCGAUCUCAGUUGCAGGUUUUUGUUUUGUUUUGUUUUUUGGACGGAGUGGGAAACUUCUUCAAGGAAGAAGACGGUUGCGGAGAUAUGUUUAAGAAAAGUAAGAGCAAAGUGCUGGUGGAUUACGCUUCAGAGGAAGACGACAUGUCCUGGCACCAUCAUCACUCCUACAAGGGCAAAGACGUAGAAGGAGAGGAAGAGGAUGACAAAGCUGUUCCUGCAAUUUUUAAGGAGGCCAAAGUGAAGAAGAUCAUGUCCAAGAAGGAAAGGAGGGAGAAGAAAAUGUUCUCCUCCAAAGAUGAUGAGCACCUCUUGUUGACUGGGGAGAAACUGGGGGACUGGCGAGGGUGCAACAAGAAGAUAAAAGAUGAUGGGAAAGAGAAGGACAAGCCGGAAAAGGGUCACUGUUUUUGGGACAGUGUUACCAUGACAAUGAGGCAGAUCUCACCCGCCAAGAAGUUGGAGAAGAUAGAAGGCUGGGACCCGCCUCAGAUCGGGAAUAUAACCGAAUCCGAGACUGAACAAGCCUCCAAAUUCAACGGCCACACAGAGGACUCACAGGUGUCCUCCCCCAACUCGCUUGGACCCAAACUGGAAUCGCCCUCCUGGGCGAGCAGCGGUCUGGAGGAGGACUCGUCACGUUACGCAAACCUGUCGGAUUCCAACAAUUCUACAAACGCUGUCAGAUGGACAGCCCGCGCCAAAGGCAAGCUCGCCGGAAUCAGCAGGAUGAGUCGAGGGAUUGUGUCAGAGAAUGCAUGGGAGGGGCUUAAAUAGUAGCCACGCCCACAUCUCCACCUUCCUCCACACCUGGUGUGUUCCAUCAGUAAACAGGAAAAACACCUGAACCAAAAUUGUGCUUCUUCCAUUCUGGAGGACCCAGUUAUAAGACAGGAGAUUAUAUACGUGAUCUUAUUUUUACUUUUAGCUCUGAAUUCCUUGAUUAGUUUGAUCACUGUGCUUUUACAGGACUGGCUGCUCCGAUAAAGUAAAAUCCACCAAGCAUUUUGGUGGAAGAUUUAUAGAUGCAUAUUUAAUAAAUAAUAAAAAAAAAAAAUCUGGUGAGAAUUUAAAAUCAUUUGUUUAGUGAGAGAUGCAUUUUCUCUAUUAGAUACCUUUGUCCAUUAGCCAGAGCUGCAGCUAACUUACUUAGCUUUUAGAUACUUUGAAAACAAGUGUAUUGAUCUGAUUUGUGAUCAGAUAACGUAUCCUGCACGUGUUCAUAAUUUAAUGUUAAUCUGCCAUCUACUUCUCAGGGGGAGCUCCAGUUGCAGGUGUGGAGGGUGCGACACUCCCAACGCCCCGGUGUGCCACUAAUUUUAUAAUUUCAUGACAUAGUUAAACCUUGCAGUCGUGCCUUUAGAUAGUUGCUGAUGAAUAUUAUCUUCACACUGACAGUAUGAUACUGAUUGCAAGAAUCUCAAGAAGCAAACAGUCCCGCUCGCCUGAAUCUGUUCAGUACGCAACGUUCACAGCCAAUCUUUAAUGUGAUUGCGUCAGCUACUCAACUGUACCUUUUUAAUCUGAACAAACAUUGCACUGGAAUGUAGACAUUUUUAUCCCACCAUGAAAUACGUGAUUUCCAUUGACGUGAUUUGACGUUCAGUGAGAACUGAUUAGAAUAUGCAAUGUUUCUACACAUUUCUUGUGUAUGAAAUGUUCACGCCUUUCUAUGCAGCUAAAAAGUAAAGAAUGUGAGUCUAAAGCCUUAAUUUAAAUACUGAUAAAGAGCUUAAAAACUCUGUGCAAUUAUGAAAAGACCAAGUUUGUGUUUGUGAAUUUUUUUUUUAGGUCAGAAUGCAAAUGUGUUGCUGAUUAUUUUAUUUAAACUGCACUGCCGAAGAGAUAAAACGUAAAGUCUCUUUCUGAAGAAAGCAGUGAUGUCACACCUGUAAAGUGCCAGCGACCAUUGUGACAUCAGAUUUACUGUAAGCUGUCAUUAGACCAACAAUACGAAAACACUGCUGUGUUUAUUAUAGUUCCAGCUGUGCCGGCGCAUCAUCCCAGCAUGCAACACUGUUGCACCAAGGUCACAGCGCCCUGCAGACGUGCUGUGUUCUCUGUGACCAACCUUCAUACAGGUUUUCAUGAAUAAACUGCUUUUCGCCCGAUGACCAGUAGCAGAGGAGUUUUGGUUGGUUUUCAAAGAAUUUCUUCAAUCAGUCACAAACUAUUUAAAUUCACGAAUCGUCUUUAUAUUUCCUCUUCUUUGUUUUAAUGUUAUUGCUGAAUUAUAUUGAUAAAGAGAUCUAGUUUUGCAGUCACAAGUGCACAGAUGUAGCAGAAAGGAUCGAUGUAUCCUGUUUUUAUUCACUAAUGUGCUGAGUGACACUUUCUCAGCCAGAAUAAAGAUGUAGACCAACA